AUGUGGCAGUUCUCAAAUCCCCAGGAUCACCCAGCCUGCAAGGCGGCGAGAACGCACGCUGAGGCUGUCACUGUGAUGCCAAGCCAAGGUCGCUCGCUUGAAUUUGAGGAGAAAGAUAUCCAUCACUCAGGAGGACCCCUCUCUGGAGGGGGCUAUGUAGGUAGCCUCUUGGAAUAA